UUAGCAACUAGUCAGUGACCAGACCAACUGCUUAAGUGAAUUAACUGGAACAUUAGAGACAGAUAACUAUUACAGCCCGACCUGCAGAGCUUCAGUUGAGUUAGACAGAGUCGUCCCACAUUUUGGAGUCGGGGUGUUUUGGGAGGCCACGUGUACAGGAAGUGGAGUCUGACAGCUGACUGACUGGAAGCCACUGCAGGCAAUCAUGGCUGUUUUGAGGAAGCUGUGGAGCACACACCUCCUGGCAGCGUCUCUGCUUUUCUACAUCCUGCUCAACGCCAUGGAUGUGCACGCACGGCCGGCCAACAUGUCAACCGCAAAAGAUAAGUCUGCAGCCAGCAAGGACGAGAACGAGAUUCUCCCCGCGGACCACCUGAAUGGGGUGAAGAUGGAGCUGGACGGCCACCUCAAUAAGGACUUCCACCAGGAGGUUUUCCUGGGGAAAGAUAUCGAGGAGUUUGAGGAGGACUCUGAGCCGAGGAGGAACAGGAAGAAGCUGAUUGACAUCUUCACCAAAGUUGAUUUCAACAAGGACAAGAGUGUUAGCGCCAAGGAGAUGCAGCGCUGGAUAAUGGAGAAGACUGAGGAGCACUAUCAGGAGGCCAUGGUGGAGAACAAGAACAGUUUCCAUGCUGUUGACCCCGACGGUGACGGUCAUGUGACGUGGGAUGAAUACAGAGUCAAAUAUUUGGCCAGCAAAGGUUUCAAUGAGAAGGAAAUUGCUGCGAAAAUAAAGAAUAACGAGGAUCUGAAACUGGAUGAGGAAACCCAGGAGGUUCUGGAAAGCUUGAAGGACCGCUGGUUUCAGGCCGACAACCCUCCAUCUGACCAGCUGCUGAAUGAGCAGGAGUUCCUGUCUUUCCUUCACCCGGAGCACAGCAAAGGAAUGCUCAAAUACAUGGUCAAGGAGAUUGUGCGCGACUUGGACCAGGAUGGUGAUAAGAAAUUGACACUGUCGGAGUUCAUCUCUCUACCCGUGGGCACCGUGGAGAACCAGCAGGCUCAGGACAUCGAUGACGACUGGGUUCUAGAGAGGAGGAAGGAGUUUGAAGACGUCAUCGAUUCCAACCGUGAUGGCAUUAUAACCAUGGAGGAACUGGAGGAGUACAUGGACCCGAUGAACGAGCACAACGCUCUGAACGAGGCCAAGCAGAUGAUCGCCGUCGCCGAUGAAAACCAGAACCACAGUUUGGAGCUGGACGAGAUUCUCAAGUACAGCCAAUACUUCACGGGCAGCAAGCUCAUGGAUUACGCCCGAAAUGUUCACGAGGAGUUCUGAGGGACACACUUUCCCUCUCGGCAAAGCGGGGCGACUUCCUACAUCUGCUUCAGGGACAAGCUAGACGAGGGAGGGGGAGGGGGGGGCUACUGAUAGAAGGUUCUAGUGUGCAAUUCUGUGUUUAAGUCUCAACGGCCUGUUUCACUGCUGACUCCAAUUAAAGCAUCCUUCCUUCCUUCAGCGCUGGACUGUCUGCCCGCCAUCAGAGUUAUUAACAUGGUCUGCCUUCUGUGUGCCGUUGGACUUUUUAAAUGUUGGGCUCCAAAUGUUUCUGUGUGAUAUUGUGAAAUGUGUGUGUAUAUGAGGAAUUUUAACCCUGACUAGAUAUUGUCGUUAGUGGUGAGAGAGACUGUGCAGCUAGGCGAUCUCUCUUUUUAGCUGGCGGUUCUGUAUACAGUGUAAAUAUUCAUUGUGCCAUACCGAUGCCUCUGGCAAGAGAGAAAAGAUAUAUAAUGCUGCGACAAGGAAAAGCCCUUUUAUAGAGAUAUUAUAUGGUGGCGCACACCAAAAUUAGCCUAAAUUGAUUUAGUCAUUAGUGACGUACAAUCCCACUAGUUUCUGUUAGAGAUAGUAUCCGUCCUACUUACAACAGGGUAAAAACAAUAAAGUAGAAGCGUAUCUUUUAAACACUGCCUCAAUAACGGACAGUGAUACUUCUUGACACAAACUUCCAUUAAUAAUUUAUUGUCACUGUAUUAUAUGAGACAUUUUGACUUCUUGAAGGAAAAGUACAGGUGUCAACAUAAUUAGAGUCACGUUUGUGUCGGGUCAGAAUGUCUCCUGUAUGUAAAGGCCUAUUGUUUGGAACUUGACUAAACGCAAUCUAAUGAUGUGGAUAAAGAGCAAUUUAUUUAUUUGACCUGUAUGAUUUGGAUCAGCUGCAUCUUUAAACAUCUCUAGUUUUUGGUUCAUUGCUGUAAGAGGGUGAUCUUUGUUUGUGUGAUGGCUCACUCUUCAUUAUAUUUAACUAAGCUAAAUUUGGAACGCUUUUGUUUCAUCCUUUCAUUUUCACUUGUUUGCAAAUGCAUGGACGGACGAUGGCGUUACAUUCCCUACAUUUGUGGACUGUUUGGAUCCUGCUACAGGUGUGGAUUGUAAGAUAAGAUUUACGAUAACAAUGUGACACAGCUUUAUCAAAUGUACUGCAAAUGUACUGGUAAUAAAUAUUUCUUAUCAAUUAAA